CGCGGCCCGGACGCGUCCAGAAGCAGCCUCCGCCUCUGCUGCAACUGCCUCAGUCGCUGCUGCCUCCGCCGCUGCUGCAGCUGCUGCCACAGCCCCCGCCCCGGGCCCGGGCGCCGCCAGCUGCGGACCCGCCCCUGGCCUCCGCUCCACCCCCGCGAGGGCGUGGCGCGGCUCCGGGGAGGCGGGCGCGCCUGCGGCCAGCGGGGCCACAGCAGCCAGGCUCCCGAGGAGCGCUCGCGGCCGCCCCGGCGCCAACCGCCCGCCGCCCGCGCGGCGGACUCGGCCUUCACUUUAAUGCUGGGCGGAGUCCCGGCGCCCGGGGGCGCCCCUCUGCCCGCCCCCUUCCCCACCCAUUGGGGCUCUUGGCCUGGGAGACCCCCGCCCCGACGUUCCGGCUUUGUGUGAUGGCUCCGUCACCACUGCUGCCCCCGACACGUCACAAAUCCGAGGAGAGGCCGGCCGGCCGGGAGUCCCCAACCCCGAGAGCGAGCCUCCCCGGAAACCCGCCUCCGCCGCGUGGGUCCUGCCCUGCUCCCUAUGGGGAACGCGCCACCCCCGGGGUGCCAGCGACCAUGAGAUCUCUACAGCUGCUCAGAACCCCCUUCCUGUGCGGCCUGCUCUGGGCCUGUUGUGCCUCAGGUACCAGGGCCGAGCAGCCUGGGGCCGGUUCUUCCCAUCACGGCAGCAUGGGGCUGGAUAAGCACACAGUGCACGACCAAGAGCAUAUCAUGGAACAUCUAGAAGGUGUCAUCAACAAACCCGAGGCGGAGAUGUCUCCACAAGAACUGCAGCUCCAUUAUUUCAAAAUGCACGAUUAUGACGGCAAUAAUUUGCUUGACGGCCUAGAACUCUCCACAGCCAUCACUCAUGUCCAUAAGGAGGGAGGGAGUGAACAGGAACCACUGAUGAGCGAAGAGGAACUGAUUAACUUAAUAGAUGGUGUUUUAAGAGACGAUGACAAGAAUAAUGAUGGCUACAUCGACUAUGCUGAAUUUGCAAAAUCACUCCAGUAGACAUUAUUUGACCAUCUCCUAGUUAUUAUGCAAAUGUGACCCAUUAUAAUGUGAUUGAACACUUUCAGUAAAGCAGAAUAAUUCAUUUCCAAUUACUGCUGAAGUAUUUUGGUAAAAACCUGUAGCAAGUGUGACACUGGUGUGAGAAAGAGAAGUCAAGAGCAAUGGGACAUGUCCCCAAGUACUGUUAAAUCUGUUGGACAAGGGCUCGAUUGAAGAGUCUUUGUAAGAUUAUUGGAUUAUUGGAGCUGAGGACUCAGGAACAGGACUGUAGAAUACUGAUGUUCUCUUGGUUUUAAUUCAUGCUGCCUGAAAACUAAGACGAGCUUUGCCAAGUGGACACACUUUUCAGUAACAGUGAAGGAAUGGAAUCAAUGCCAAAUGUUCCCCCUUGUGGGUGCUGUCUCUUCAGGAAAAUGGUCAGUAUUCUGUAAAGUUCCCUGGCUUAAAUGAUUACUUGCUUUGGGCAAGUGAGUAUUGAUUAAGCUAUUUCAAAGCCACAGCCUCACGUGAAUGUCAGAUAUUGAAUUCAGCUAGCCAGAGUCUAUCUUCUGGCACUUGGAUAUGAUACACCACUGACCUAAGAGAUUAACCUUUUUCAGUUUUUCAAUAAUUUUAUGAAACUACUGCCAUAUCCUUAUACUUUAUUUCUUUUAUGUCUUCUUCAACCUGGGAGAGACCUUGAAUUUAAAACUGUUCUCUAAUCAAUAGCACAUGUUUUAGCUUUCUUAAUAUUUGUAUUUAACUCUUGUUUCUAGAGUUUCGCUUUUGCAGUUUAGAAACGUAGGCAUGCAAGGAUUUUCCCUUCUGCCUGAUACAGCGGGGGUAAAACUGCUAGCUGCCGUCGCCAAGUGCAAGUGAAAAGAUCGUUCACCGGGCACAGUGAUGAACCUGAUACAAGUUGUACUUAGAAGGAGUAUUGUUUAAGUGACCCCUUCUAGCCUAAAUAUGUGAAUUCUUUCAGAUCAGGAAAGAUUGGAAAGAGAAGCCUAAAAACUCAACAGUGUGAGUCUCAGUAAUAGCUGAAAGUGAGAAGCAGCAGCAAAUUGUGAUUUGGUUUUUUGGAUGUAAUGGACAUACUGUGAUAGAAAUCAUAAAAUGAUGAUUGAAUGGGGGAAAACUGCAUAAAAUUUACUGUAAGAUGUAUAGAGACUUAUUUUCUUUAUUGAAGUAUUCUUAUAAGAAAACAUGUAUUUGUAAAAAUGGUUUCCUGUGUCACGUAUUUGUGCAAUCAGAGCUGAAUUAUAAACUAUUCUUGUAAAAUCUAGUUAUUUUGGAAGAUUUAUAUAAUGAAUUCUGGAUAUAUGACCAAUAAAACUGAUGAAACAAAA